AUGGAUGCAACCGUUGAAGUUGAGGACGUAGAGCCCUCGGCGACCAAGCCUUCUCCUACCAAGCCAUCUCCUAGCAAGCCUUCUCCUACGAAGCCAUCUCCUAGCAAGCCAUCUCCUAGCAAACCCUCAACUAGCAAGACAACAUCUACCAAGCCAUCGCCUAGCAAUACAACGCCUAUGAAGCCAUCGCCGAGGAGGUCCAAUCGCUUGGAUAAGAAUUUGAGUGGAGCAGAAGAUAUGGACAUAGGAAUAGAUACCCAAGGCCUAGAAGACCUUUCUCAGGCCUCGGCCGUGCCAGAAAAUGGAUGCGUUCAUCUUUAUAUGGCGAGUGAAGACUUCUUUGAGGCAUUGGACACCAGACCGUGUUGCUUUCAAGCCUGCCUAUUUUUGCCUUCAAAUUGGGAAAGUAACAAAAGAGGCUACGUAUUCGGCGAUAUUUGUCUUGCUUACAGGAGAGGAGAACAUCCAUCUCAUGGGCGGACUAAUAAAGUUUGGGGUGUUGAUGUUGAUCGUCUCUACUUUCCUCUGUUUGUCGAAGUUAUUAAUUGGUCAUUUUUACAGGUCUUCAUUUGGAUCCCCGUAUUAAAAAAAUUAGCAAUGUUCAAUGCAGGUUAUCACCGGAUAGCUGUUAGCGUCAAUUUCAUUGAGAAGACAGUUGAAGUAUUUGACUGCUUGCAGAGAAAGAAUAGACAAUACGUGGAGAAGUUUGCUGUUAUGAUUCAAAGGAUAGUAAAGGCUAUUGCACCACCUAAAAACAAGAAGUAUCUACUCCUGGAAAAGACAUAUGCACUCAAACAUUUGGAAUGCCAACUCCUUGGUCUUGACCUUAGUUUAGUGGAUGACGAAAUCAUCUAG